AUGGUGAUGAUGCACAUCUCCGUCCGCCAGCAGCUGUCUCUCCUAUUGAUCCUCACCGCCUGCGUCGGCUUGGGCAUUCUGGCGAUUGCUACUUGGGUCGUCAACCACGACUUCGUCCUCAAUGUCGCCAGCAAUCGACUCGCCACCUCGGCCUCCCUCAAGGCUGCCCAGCUCGCAUUCAACCUCGAGCUCAUGCAGACGGCCGCCUUCUUCGUCGCCACCAGAGCCAUCAUCCAGAAUGCCCUCACCGAAUAUAACAAUGGCACCGCCGACGCCUCCACCUUCCAAGCCGCCCAACGCGACUUGGCAGUCACCCUCGGCAACUCCGCCAACGCCAUUAUCCUCCAAGCCGAGAUCUUCUCCAGAAACAUCUCCGGUCCAGCGGGUACGAGCAGUCUGCUGAACGUGACGGGAAGCUUCAGCGACGAUAUCCAGCUCCCCUGGCUUGCCUCGGAUGGUAGUCGUGUCCAUCUCGGCGAUGCAGAUGGAGGUUAUCCCCCCGCCCUCUAUCCCAAUCUUACCAUCACCAAUAUCCCCAAUGAAAACGCCUCUCUCCGCUACGAGGCCUCCUACAACGGCUUCACUCUCAAUUCCGAACGAGCUCUUGUGCUUGGUCCCAUGGUCGUCAGCAGCAACUUCUCCCUCGUCUCCUUGACCAUCCCCAUUACCAAUGACCUCGACACCACCGAUAUCCUGGGCUGGGUCACCGUGGUCUGCGAUGCGCGCCUCCUCCAGAUCGUCAUCCAAGACCAAACCGGUAUCGGCGACACGGGCCAGACCUUGCUCGUCGGGCCCGUCAACAGCACCAACCAAUAUCCUCCCGGUGUACUCGGCACCGAUCUCGCCGCCGACACCGACGUGCGCUUUGCUUUUCCAAUCCACCAGUCGGCCAGCUCGCGUCAUCCGCACCAUGUAUAUGGAUCGCCAAAUCAACCUUUCCUCGCAAGCAAAUAUCCUGCGGUGGAAGAGGCCAUGGAGUUGGACGCCCGCGCACCCCAGGAUUACGGCAGUCUCGUGCGGACCCACAACGAAGAGAAUAAAGCCGUCUCUGUCGGAUACUCUUUCGUGCCAACGAACUUGGUUGACUGGGUUGUAGUCGUGGAACAGGCGCGAAGCGAGGUCUGGGAACCGAUCAAUCGUCUCCGCGACAUCAUCCUGGCUUGCCUCUUCUCCGUCAUGGGCCUCUUCUUGAUCAUCUCCUUUCCGAUUGCACACAUGGCUGUCCUCCCCAUUAUGAGGUUGAAGAGGGCGACAGAAGAGUCUACGGAUCCGUAUCACCGGAGGACGAGCAGCAGCGAAACGUCCUGUGGUCGCCUCGCGGAUGAGAAAGAAGCAACCUCGCUUGCUUCGGGUAGAGCCGGCCUCUCAGAUACUAUCGCGCAAUGGCGACAACGCAAGUGGAAAUGGCAUGUGGCAGAUCACGUCGAGGAGCCCACCGAGGACGAGAAGCGGUUCCGAAUCCCUGGCAAAGUCAAAGAGCGGAAGCAUUGGGUGCGAGAUGAAGUGACAGACCUAAUCACCACAUUCAACGCCAUGUCAGACGAGCUUCUUGUGCAAUACACCGGCUUGGAGGAAAAGGUCAGGCAGAGAACCAUGGAGCUGGAGCAGAGCAAGAAGGCUGCGGAGGCCGCGAAUGAGAGUAAGACUCUAUUCGUGGCGAAUGUGAGCCACGAGCUCAAGACUCCAUUGAACGGCAUUUUGGGCAUGUGCGCGGUGUGCCUUGAGGAAGACGAUCCGAAGAAGCUCAAAAGGUCACUCACCAUUAUUUACAAGAGCGGCGAUCUCUUACUCCGGACUCUACAGGAUCUGCUUACAUUCAGUCAAAAUCAAAUGGGCCACCAAGUCAUCACACUGGAAGAGAAGGAGUUCGUCCUUGGUGAUCUCGAGACCCAAGUCCUUGCGAUAUUCGGGCAGACCGCGAUCGAUCGACAGAUCGACCUCAAGGUACGCUUUGAAGAUCCAUCUGGAGAUACUCUCGGCAUGUAUAGCAGGCUUCGAGACAUCACACUCUGGGGCGACAUCCACCGCAUUCUACAAGUCUUGAUCAACUUGACUUCAAAUAGCCUCAAAUUCACCCCACCGAACGGGUCUGUGACAGUUGUCAUGCGCUGUCUCUCCGAAAUGCCGCAGAGACAUAGCUCGCUUGGACUCGCCAGGUCGACAUCAAAGGUACAGACGAACCGCAACUCAGUCAAGGCGGGCUCUAUCAACAGCGGCACUGCGAAUUUCAUCAACCCACACGAAGGCACCGGGGUCCACGAGAAGUGCAUAGCGCCACCCGGACGCGACCUCUUGCUCGAAAUCGACGUUCACGAUACCGGACCGGGAAUUCCGGACGACAUGCAGGGCCGUAUCUUCGAGCCCUUCGUGCAAGCAGACGCGGGCUUAAGCCGAAAGCACAGCGGCACGGGGCUGGGUCUGAGUAUCUGCUCACAACUGGCUAGCUUGAUGAAGGGAAGCAUUGGCCUGAAGAGCAAGCUGGGGGAUGGAAGCACUUUCACGUUGAAGCUCCCACUGCGGCAUGUAGCAGCUGCAAGAUCUUGCUCGGCUAGCUCGUCGCAGGACUGCGUAACGCCGAGCUCCCGAAGGACGUCUCUCGCAGUGAUCGAAGACGAGCAUUUGCCAAUCUCCAAUGGAAAGCCUGGCGCGCCCUUGGCAGUGGUGACAGGCCUGCAGAAGGCGGAUUCCACGGACUCCACCGGAACAUGCCCAACUGCGAUACCAAAGCUGACAGACACGCCCCUGAGACAAGCUGUCAAAAAUGCAAGCAAAGAAGCCAGGACGAAGAAGCACGCGCAGCAAGAUUUCAGUCACAUACGCGUCCUCGUUGCGGAGGACAACAAGGUCAAUCAAGAGGUCAUCAUGCGUAUGUUGAAGCUGGAAAAGAUUCACGACGUCACGAUCGCCGAAGACGGACAGAUUGCAUUCGACCUGGUGAAGACGAAGUCAGCGCCCGAGCGGUUGGAGACCGCUGCAGCAACAGAAGGAACCGAUGACGCGCCUACGCCGCCACCGCCCUUCGACCUCAUCCUGAUGGACAUUCAAAUGCCGAACAUGGAUGGUCUGACGAGCACGAGGCUGAUCAGGAAGUUCGGAUACAAGCAGCCAAUUGUCGCGCUGACAGCUUUUGCUGAACAGAGCAACAUUGACGAGUGCUAUGGAAGCGGCAUGGACUACUUCCUGGCCAAGCCAGUGAGACGACCGCAGCUGAAGAAGGUUUUGACGGACUACUGUCCACCGUCGCCUUCGUCAUCGUCGCCAAGCAAAACAGACAGCGCCAUGAACGGAGAAGUGCAAGCGUCAGAGAGCGCUCAUGGGGCUGAAGAGAAGAACGAGGACGGUCCGCCGAAUGGAACAGCAAAUCACAGCUCCGAUACAACGUCUUCCACACCGCCGUCAAAUCUGGAUGGCUCAUCAUAA